GCCCUGGAGACCCUGCAGGUGGGCACACGGGUCCUCGCCUACUACGAGCAAGAGGACAAUUACUGGCAUGAACGGAUUUUGGUCGGCAGGAUCACCGCGACGAGAUGGGUGGUGGUCACGCCGCACUUUGACAUCUACGAGGAAGACUUCGCGGACGCCCUGCAGCUCUGUCCAGUCGGCCCCCUCGGGGGCCUGCCCGCGAAGCUCUCGGGCCACAUCCUCCGCAUGGACAUGGGCCGCUACAAGCGGAACGAAGCCAGGCUGCUGGCUGAGGGCGAGCAGCUUGCUAGCGAGAUCCGUGACGAGCUCCCAGCAGGCACCGUGCCCGUCGCCGUUCUUGGAGGUCGGGGGAUCUGUGAGCUCGCCGAUGGCACCAAGCUGGCAGUCGCGAAGGCCGACACCUACGAGGGCACUCCGACCCCCCGGCAGGAGCGUCAAGCUGCAGAGCAGGAUCUUCGGACCCUUCCUGUCGAGUACGACGCCGGCGGCGCCAGGGUCAGGGACUUCGCCGAAGCGGUGGACAUCAUGUUCUCCAACCCGCAGCUGGACUUCCCUGUCCUUGGGCCGCGGACGACCUUGUGGCUGGCGCAGCAGUUCAAGCGGCUGGGCCAGACGCUACAGGGUUUCAGGCCUGGCUACUCGGAAGUCGAGGCCGCCGGUUCUCGAACAGUCCACCAGCGGGGAAAUAUCUCUCUUCCCAAGAUCGGCGCGGGCAAGGUGGCUCUUACGGAGGUCCUCCCCGCUGAUCUGCAGACCAAGCUGGAGACUGGGCGCGGGCUGUUGCGAUCCCCAGUGGAGGCAGCAGCGCUAAUUCGUGAUGCAGGUGCUCCUCGUGCCAUGGGCCCGAAGCUCGGGCGGCUCGGCUACGACUACGGCCACGCGCUGGGGGAGCUCUACACCUCUGGAGUGAUCGAGGCCAGCUCGGAGCCAGUGUUGGAGGAAGCUGGCAUGUUUUUUGUGGCUCGCAAGGACAAGCGGUUGCGUCUCAUCUGCGACACCAGGACUCCCAACAUGCACUUUACCACUCCAGAGCACACGGCGCUCGCGACGGGCGAGGCGCUAUCCUCGCUGGAGGCGUCAGGAGUCACUAUGAUCGGCAUGAGUUCUGGAGACGUCGACUGCUGUUUCUAUCAAUAUGCAUUGCCGCCCUGGUGCAGGUGCUACUUCAACCUCCCGCUGAUCGAGAGUCGCUUUCUGCCUCCAGAGGUUCGGGGCGCCUGCGGGCUGACGUUGAAGAGCGGCCAGGUUCGCUUUCGAUUCAAGGUGGUGCCCAUGGGAUGGAGCUGGGCAGUGCACUUUAUCCAAGAAGCACACCUUCACCUCGUCAAGUCAGUUUUGCCAUCGCAGCCGUGGUGCUUGGACAAGUGCCCCGGCAUCGACUUGAACUCUGAGGAUGCCAAGGUCCUGUACAUAGACAAUUUUGCUGUGCUGUCUCAGUCGUCCGACCGCGCCGCCACCGCCGUCGCCGACAUGCAGGCGGCGCUCGCGGCCAAGGGCGUGGUCUCAGAGCUAGACCCCGCCCCAGCCAGGCGCGGCGAGCUGCUGGGAUGCGAGCUCGACUUGCAGACGGGCUGCUGGCACGUGCUGGGCCGCGGGCUAUGGCGAGUCUACGGUGCCCUCGAGCAUGUCCUCUCGGGUCGGGCCAAGGUCUCUGGCCAGGAGCUCGAGCGUCUGAUUGGCCACCUGGUUUCCAUCCUGAUGCUGCGCCGGGAGGGGCUGGCCUUGCUGCACUCCUCAUACGAGUUCGUGCAGGCCUCCUACUCCAAGAAGCAGCCGCUCUGGAAAAGCGUGACCCGUGAGAUGGGCUGGGUCAAGGCGCUGCUACCUUGUCUUCGGGCCGACACCCGGCGCCCGUGGAGCGAGGUGGUCACUUGCUUCGACGCGCCCCCCUGGGGCUACGGCAUCGUGGAGACCGAGUGGGACCUCGAGGACGUGCAGCGCGUCGGCCGGGCCUCCGAGCGCGCCCGAUUCCGAGGCGUGCUCGCUGCCGAGGGCGCCCCCCGCGAGAGGGCGCUGGAGCAGGAGAUAGCGCGGGCACCGGAGCCCGCCCUCCUGCUGGCAGGUCGCUCGGCAGGUUUCCCGGAGGUCGACUACGGCAAGAUGCGCGCCCGGCCCUGGCGCGUAGUCGGCUGCGGCCGCUGGAAGCGCAAGGAGGCCAUCCACGCGACGGUCCGUCCCGACGCUUUCAGCCUCAAGGCCCCAAGAGCGUGCAUGGAGGUGGCGACGCUCCGGGCGGUGCCGCCCACGCCGGUGGCCUCGGCGAGCUGCCGCUCCGGCCCUCGCGCGCCGAGCGAGCGCAGGAGCCGUUCGCCUCGCCGCCCGGGCAGCCGCAGCCAGGGCAUGCCGAGGCGGGCCGUGGUGCCGGUGCUGGCCGGGCCCGGGAGCAGGCCAGACUUGGCUGGGCGGCGCGCAAGGCUUGGCCUCAGUCACUCGGAGAGCGAUUUCGACCUGAGGAGGCGCCAGCUGUGCCCGCGCCAGACCCGCCUUGCGGCUGCCAAGGUCAGGCCUCGCACGCAGGAGCUCUACCUCGGGAUGAUCCUCGGCUUGGUGCGCUGGCUGAAUAUGGCCUUCCUCCCGGACUGGCCGCGCCACACGUGGGGCGAGACGCUGGCAGAGUACGCCGAGUCAAUCUACGACCGUGGGGGCUCCAAGGCGUCUACUCAGCGGCUGGCCCCGGCGCUGCUCUGGGCGGAGCCCGCCCUCCACAGGGCUGGGAUCCGCGAGGUCUUCCCCCUGACGCACCAGACGCUGAAGGGCUGGAACGUCCUGGAGCCGUCCAAAUCCAGACCGCCCGUCCCGUUCCUGGCGGCGCGGGCAGUGGCCUGCUGGCUGUGCCGGGCUGGGAAGCCGCUCAGUGGCUUGGCCGUUCUGAUCAUGUUCGAGACCUACAUGCGCCCCUCGGAAGUGCUGGCCCUGCGAGCAAGGCAAGUAGUCGUGCCGCUGCCAAAGGAGGGAGGCGCAUCGAUCUUCUUGACGUUCGUGGUGCGGGCCUCGGAAUACGAGAUCCCGACCAAGACCAACACGUACGACCUCUCAGUUCCACUCGACCUGCCCAGGCAGCAGUGGAUGGUGGACCCGAUCUCCUUUGUGCAAGCCCUUCGCGGGCCAGACGACCUCUUCCUGGGCCUGGGCUACAACCAACUGGCGGAGGACUUCCAGAGCGCGACCUCCGCUCUGGGUGUGAGCUUACUCAAGGCCACCCUCUACUCCCUCCGGCAUGGAGGGGCCAGCCGCGACCGGAGCACGGGCGCCAGAGGCUUGGGCGCCGUGCAGCAACGAGGGGGGUGGAAGGCGUUCAAGUCCGUGCUGCGCUACGAGAAGCACGGACGCCUCUCGCUGGAACUUCGCAAGCUCAGCGACCAGCAGCGCGAGGCCCUCCGAGCAGCAGGCGGGGACUACGUGGGCGUCUUCAACAAGUCCUUGGUGCUGCAUUUCG